CUUUCUGUGUUCCAUUAGUAUUUCAGGCACUGAUUCUCAUUUUUAUAAAUUAGCAACAGGAUUUUAAUUGGAGAUUUGGAUUGUUUCCUUUUAAUCGGACUUAGCGACAUUAAAAAAAAAUUACUGCACUUGAAAAGGGCAGAACUUUAAAGAGAGAAAAUUAGUUGGGGAAGAGAAGAUAUUCAUUUAGAGAAAACAAUAGAGACUUCCUCAGACUUAGACUGGUCACUUAAAGGGAACUGUGACAUGCAGAGGACCUUAUAAUUGACACUUUGAAAAUGACAAUUUCCUAACAUCCACUGAAAUGGAAAGUUUAUAAUUUUCUACUGUGACCUGAGUGUCUGGCUAUGAGCAUAGGCCGGAUAAUCCUCUGAAUAAUAUGAGCAUCCAGACUACACUUGCCUUUUUAAUAUGCAAAGAAGUUAAACAACCUGUGAAUAAAGCACAGGGUGAAAAGCCCUUAUCAAUUGUAUAAUUCUCCAUACUUCUGAUCUUUUUAAACACCUGCCACUAAAAACCUUCAGAAAAGGAGUAAAUCUUCCAUGCCCUACAGAGAGUUACCUUUCAGCUGGAAGCAGGGUGUGUCCCUAAGCUUUUACCUGGGAGCAAUGAUGAUCUUGUCAAGCAUUUUAGUGAGACCAGCCCAAGUUUUUAGGGUGGGGAUCUAGACUGGUUAUACGUACCUUCGGUCCUUCUCCCAGAGAAGGCAGAAACACCUCAAAGCCUGCAUGUAAGAACAUCUACUGAGAAAUUAUUUUAAUCAGACACCAGCUGAGUGGGGGAAAGAAAAAGAACAGAGAAGAACAAACAACACUCCCUUGGUCCUGGAUGUAAGAGAACCCAGCAGCGAUGAAGUGGCACUUCUUUAUAACAGCUGCAGUGCUGUUCAUUUUUCUGGUGGUGGUGGAAAUUAACAGUGAAUUUCGAAUCCAGGUAAGAGAUUAUAACACUAAAAAUGGCACCAUCAAGUGGCAUUCAAUCAGAAGGCAAAAACGUGAAUGGAUCAAGUUCGCUGCAGCCUGUCGUGAAGGUGAAGACAACUCAAAGAGGAACCCAAUCGCCAAAAUUCAUUCAGACUGUGCUAAAAACCAGCAAGUUACAUACCGCAUCUCUGGAGUAGGAAUUGAUAAACCACCUUAUGGAGUCUUCAUUAUUAAUCAAAAAACUGGUGAAAUUAACAUAACAUCCAUAGUUGAUCGAGAAGUCACACCGUUUUUCAUUAUCUAUUGCCAGGCUCUGAAUUCACAGGGCCAAGACUUAGAGAGGCCUCUUGAGCUCAGAGUCAGGGUUUUGGAUAUAAAUGACAACCCUCCAGUAUUUUCUAUGACUACUUUUCUAGGACAAAUAGAAGAAAAUUCUAACGCAAAUACCCUGGUGAUGAGACUCAAUGCUACUGAUGCAGAUGAACCAAAUAAUUUGAACUCAAAAAUAGCCUUCAAGAUCACAAGCCAAGAACCUUCUGAUUCACCCAUGUUUAUUAUCAACAGAUACACUGGAGAAAUCCGAACAAUGAAUAAUUUUUUAGACAGAGAGCAAUAUAGCCAGUAUUCUCUUGCUGUAAGAGGCUCAGACCGAGAUGGCGGGUCAGAUGGUCUGUCAGCAGACUGUGAUUGCAGUAUUAAAAUCCUUGAUGUCAAUGAUAACAUCCCAUACACGGAACUGCCUACAUAUUCCGUAACUAUUGAUGAAAAUGCUCUAUAUUCAGACUUGCUCCAGAUUAGAGUAAUUGAUUUGGAUGAACAGUACUCAGCUAACUGGAUGGCAGUAAUCUUCUUUAUCUCUGGAAAUGAGGGAAAUUGGUUUGACAUACAAAUGAAUGAAAGAACAAAUGUGGGGAUUUUAAGAGUUAUUAAGCCUCUAGAUUAUGAAGAGAUGAAGAAUCUGCAACUUAGUAUUGGUGUUAAAAAUAAAGCUGAAUUUCAUCAUUCAAUUAUGUCUCAAUAUCAAGUCACGGCGAGUGCAAUCUCCGUGGCUGUGUCAAAUGUAAUUGAAGGUCCAGUGUUCCGUCCAGGUUCAAAGACAUUUGUAGUAACUAGUAAUAUGGGACAAAAUUAUAAAGUGGGAGAAUUUAAAGCUACUGAUCAGGACACAGGUGGUGCUUCAACAACUGUUAGAUAUGUAAUGGGAAAUAAUCCAGCUGACCUGCUCAUUAUUGACUCAAGAACAGGAGCAAUUUCUUUGAGAAAUAAAGUUACCAUGGAACAAGUUAAAAUGCUUGGUGGAAAAUACCAAGGAACAAUUCUAUCUAUAGAUGAUGCUCUUCAAAGAACUUGUACUGGUACAGUUAAUAUCAACCUUGAAGGUUCCGGAUGGGAGGAGCAUGGAACUGGUACAGAUAACAACAAUAAUGGAGAUUUAAUUACUACCACAAAUGACAAUGAUAUCUAUGAGCCUCAUGUUACUAUCAACCCAGAAGGCAAUGGCAAUGGCAAUGGCAAUGGCAAUGGCAAUGGCAAUGGCAAUGGCAAUGGCAUCGGCCAGACAGAUAUUUAUGGUAAACCAGAGCUGCUGAAACCAUGGGACAGUGCCUUCGAUAAUGUACAUUUUGGUCCUGCUGGCAUUGGACUACUCAUCAUGGGAUUCUUGGUCCUAGGAUUGGUCCCAUUUUUGUUGAUCUGUUGUGAUUGUGGAGGUGCCCCUGGUGGUGGAGCCGGCUUUGAGCCUGUUCCUGAAUGUUCAGAUGGAGCAAUUCAAUCAUGGGCAGUAGAAGGACCACACCCUGACCCUGGGUUGACCACCAUUUGUAUUCCACAAAUACAAGCCACUAAUGCAAAUAUGAUUGAAUGCAUUGACAACUCAGGGGUUUACACAAAUGAGUAUUGUGGCAGAGAAAUGCAAGAUCUGGGAGGAGAAGAAAGACAGACAGGAUUUGAACUAACAGACGGAGUUCAUACAUCAAGAGCACCUGAGAUAUGUCAAGAAUAUUCUGGAACAUUAAGAAGAAAUUCUAUGAGGGAAUGUAGAGAAGGAGGUCUGAAUAUGAACUUCAUGGAAAGUUACUUCUGUCAGAAAGCAUAUGCUUAUGCAGAUGAAGACGAAGGACGCCCAUCCAAUGACUGUUUGCUCAUAUAUGACAUUGAAGGUGUAGGUUCCCCCGCUGGCUCUGUGGGUUGUUGUAGCUUCAUUGGAGAAGACUGGGAUGACAGUUUCUUGGAUGGACUGGGGCCUAAAUUUAAGAAGUUGGCAGAUAUCAGCCUGGGAAAGGAAGCUGAACCAUACCCAGACUUUGAUCUCUCUUGGCCACCUGAGAGCACUGAACCGAUUUGCCCUCAGCAGGGAGUAGAGCCCCCUGCUAGUGGAUACCCACCCACCUCCAAACAUUACGGCACUACCACAGUCAUUUCUGAGAGUACCUACCCCUCGGGACCUGGUGUACAGCAUCCUAUGCCUAUUCCUGAUCCUAUGAGCUAUGGCAAUGUCACUGUAACCGAAUCUUACAACACCUCUGGCACUCUGAAGCCCUCUGUCCAUGUUCAUGAUAAUCGACAUGCCUCCAAUGUGGUGGUGACAGAGAGGGUAGUUGGCCCGUUCUCUGGUGCUGACUUGCAUGGAAUAUUAGAGAUGCCCGACUUGAGAGAUGGGUCAAACGUUAUAGUGACAGAAAGGGUUAUAGCACCAAGUUCAAGUCUGCCCACCACUUUGACCAUCUCUGAUCCUAGAGAGUCUUCAAAUGUGGUAGUGACAGAAAGAGUAAUCCGACCAACUUCUGGCAUGAUGGGCAGUCUGAGUAUGCAUCCCGAGUUAUCGAAUGCCCACAAUGUGAUUGUGACAGAGAGGGUUGUUUCUGGCUCUGGCGUAACUGGCAUUAGUGGCCCAGCUGGGAUCAUUGGAGGAAGUGGUACAGUCAGUAGUGGCCUGGUUGGUGGUGUAAGUAGUGGUGGCAUCGGGCUGAGCAAUCUGGGAGGAGGCGGGGGCAUGAGUAGCAGCAUGGCAGGGACAGCCACCAUUGGUCAUAUGAGGGGCUCCUCUGACCAUCACUUUGGCCAGACCUUUGGAUCCGUCUCCCCUAGCACAACCCGGAGUCGAAUCACCAAGUACAGCACAGUGCAAUACACUAAGUAGCCAGGAUCCCAGCACACUUUUUCUCGGUACUUGUGAUUUCGGUUUGGUUCUCACUAACCAAAAAACGAACAGUAUGAUUUAUGAUGCACAACUAAGUGCUAAGGUAAUUAUGGAGCAAGGUGAGAAACCACAAUGAGAAAAAUAGGUGGCAACAGUGCUGCUGGGCAAAAGCUCUCCCUAGCAUUUGUAAACUUUUUUCUUAUAUUACUAUUAAUGGGAUCCUGACAGCGAACUAAAACUGGAGACAGGAGUUUCUUUGUGCCUGCAAGUAAGGCCUGCAGGGUCAUCUUUGUUUCUGCGUGACUUGUAGAGCAUCUCCAGGACAUGGAAGAAAUAAAACUCAGGAGAGUAAAAGCACUGGCCUUAAGACAGAAAUUGGCGUCUUUCACCUUGCUGUUUUGAUUUGCUCAGGCAAUAUUUCAAGAGAACUAAACAUGUAAUAUGUGUUCAUGUAUGUGGGAAGAAUUUGAAAUCUGUGCCAAAUACCCUAUCAGUUUCACAGAUAAUGUAAAUAAAAAUCCAACCAUAUAUUCAGACCUAGGUUAACCAUGAAAGAAAAAAAAUCCGGUUACUCAGCCAGGUCCACAAGCCACCAAAGCUCUCCUACCUUAAUAAUUGCAAUAGGUGAAAUAAACCUUAAAUUAGGAAAUGGUUCCUGGGAGGAAAAUUCCAUAAAAGUUGGCAACAGGGUGAGAUUCAUUUGGGGUUAACUGGCGAUGUCUGAGCCUGAAUCUUGAGACGGGGCUGCAGGUACAAUUCCUAUGGAGUCAAGGACUUUUCUGCUUCUGGUUUGUGUUUCGGGUAGAUGCAGUAUUGCUUAAUAUUGCAUACGGGUAAGGUUGCAGGAUAUCACACUCAUUUUUCCCUUUACCACUGUGGCUCUGACUUAAUAAAGGACAACGUGCCAAGUGUACUUCUCAAAUUGAAGCAAGUAACAACUGCCAUGGUUGACCUCCCUAGAGGUAGAACACCUUUCAAGGAAGCAGAUGAGAGGUGCAUUGUACUUUCAGAUUGUGCUUCUAGUAAGUGUUCUUCACUUAUAUUCAGCUUUUUAUUACACAUCUCCAAAGUUAAAAUGAUUUACUUGAGUUGAGCUGUGAAAUAAAGCCUGCAGUAUAGUUAAGCUUUGGGAAAUUUUUGAAAGGAGAUAAAAAAAAUUUUUUUUAAAGAUUUUAGAACAUGUAAAAUGUUUAAUGGGGAAAGUUAGAAUUGUUCAGUAAAGUAAUACUGUACUAUUUCUUUUAAUUGAGUUCAGUACUUUUUUAAACAACCCUCUGCUGCUAUUUUGAAGGGGUCAACUAGGAACUUUUAACAGAGUUGAUGAUACUGUGUUAACACGAAUGAAAAUGUACUAAACAACUCCAUUUGUUAUUCUAUCCCACUCCCAACUGAAUUUUACAUUCCUGAUUUGAUUUGUCAGUAAACUCUUGGCUUAUAUACGCUCCAAUUACAAAUUACAAAUUAUAUAGUAUGAUAUAUUUUUCUAGCUUCAAAAUUCAGUAAUGUACUAUUUAUGGCAUGUCAUUUCUGUGUGUUUGCUAUAUAGUAUUACCUGGUUAAAAAAUCUCUAAAUAGAAUCUAAGUAUCCUUAGCCAGAGGUAAAGUUAUAUUUGCAUGAUAAAGGAAUUUUUGUCUCUUUUCUAAAUUCAGUGUUAAUAUAGCUCAAUAAAAUAAAAUUGAAUAUGACAAAAUCUUUAAAGGAUUAUUAUCCCCAAUUACUCAAAUUUUCUGGGGUGUUACAAGAUCAAAGAAUAGUUGUUCAACGUCCAACACUUGUCAAAGGGGGCUAGGCAGUGAAUUAUUUUACCUAGCACUAUUUUGCUCUAUGUUAUACCAGAUGAUGUCAAUAUUUUCAAAGCCACAAUAUACUUCUUACUUUAACUCUGUAGACAAUGUAAAAUUGUGAUAUUCUGUAGCAUGCCAAAAUGCAGAGGUGUAAAUAAAGUCAUUCACAGGGAGUCUUUCUUUUAUUUCUUUCUCUCAUUUCGGAAGUUACAUUAACGAUGGGUAAUCUUUCCAGAAAUAAAAUCAAAAGGUAUUUCUUGAAAUAUACUUAAGUAUGCUUGGGUCCAGGAGUUUAAAGGACUAAAAAUAAUUAUUAACUAAUUAUUAGUUAAUUAAUUAAAAAGAAUGACAUCCAACCACAAGUAGCUUACUUGUCACUUUGAUAUAACACGUCAUCAAAAGUAUUUUCUUAAGACUCCUGAUAUCUUCUAGAUAGUUUUUUUAGGUUGUCUAACAAAUGCCAGAGUGACCAUCUUCAAUAAUUGUUAUUUAGAUUCAUCAGUUACAUAAAACCAUGGGAGAUACAAGGAAAAAAAUGGCAGUAUUAGUCAUCAACCUUUCUAGGAAGAUACUUUCAAAUCAAAUUGCUUUUUGUUUUGGGGUGUUUUUGUUUUCUUGUUUUUGUUUGUGUUUUAGGAUUACAUAUCAAUAUUCUAACUUUUUUUCCUAAAUUUUAAAAUUAACUUUUUAAGACAUCAACCAUUCUAACAGUCAUUUAAAUGCAUGCUACUUUUCAAUUAACAGUCUUUGGGGAGAGUUUAAUUCUUCCUUUUAGAUGCUUUCAUUUAUAGACCUGAGGUUGUUACAUAGACCUAAGAAAAGAAAUGGAAAUUAUUUAAUAAGUGAAUAGUUAUCAUUCAAAUCCACAUUACAAACUGAAUUUCAGAUGAACCUGCUCUUAAAUGAGAAGGCAGAAAUCUUGAUUUAAAUGUUAUGUAUACAUAGUUUGAAAAUAGUGUUUUAAUGUGUAUAAAGCACCUGGCUUUAUAAAGAGGUAGUUCUUGGGGGUAAAAAUUAGUGCAUUAUGAAUACUUUGUUAUUUAAUAUCAACCAAAAUACCAUCUUGUGCUAAUUUUGACAUUGAAUUCCAGCUGUAUCUGCUAUAUAUUAUUCAUUUCUAUAUUGUUGAUGUAACUGUCUGUACUGAAAGGUUUAUAGAAAAAAGUAUUCAUUUGGGGUUAUGUAUAGCCCUUUAUUUCAACAUCUGUUCUACAUUCGUGUAUAAGUUUUUAGCCUUAUAAUCUUCAUUCAGUGUAAUAUUCUGAAAGAAUUUUAACUAUAUAGUUUCAAAAAAUACAUAUUCACUCUGACUGGAUGUUUUAAAUUAUAUACAAAAUUCAUUUCUAAAUUUAUACCAACAUUUGAAUGUCAGCCAGGCUAUAACACAUAGUAUGAUACCCUUUGACUUUAGCAGGAGUUUAAGGGUGUUAUAAUCAUUGGCUAAAAUGGCCAUUGCUAUUUGAGGAAGACAUUUGAAACCCAAAACAAACUUUGAAAAAUAUUUCUAUAUUUUCCCAUGCCUAUUUAAUAAAUUCUAACCUUUUGGAGGAUUUCUAGUAUUUUUAAGACCUACUUCACAUUGCACUGGAAUACACCAGUCCACAUAUAUUCCAAAACCCAUGUAAUAGAAUAUGUCUUCCAGUUCUAGAUUAUUCCAUUUAUGUUAGGACAAAAGCAUGAAUGGAUCAACCUGUCAUCCAUCAAGCAAUUUUAAAAGAAUACACAAUCUAUUGUUUAAUUGUCUAUAGCCGCUCCAUUUAGCUAUAUUAGAAUUACUAUAAACACUACGUCAUCAAGCUGUACUUAGUCUAACUUAUUUUUCUUUUGCUAUUUUGAAAGUAUUUUUAAACUCUGAUAUUCAUCUUUGGUGAUGUUUAAAACAAGGUGCUUUCCUUCAAGUUUCAGUAUAAAAGUCUUGGAUUAUUUGGGUGUUAGU